AUGCGAGUGAAUUGCAACAGUUUAAUAUUAAGAUUAUUUCAACUUCGUCUUGGUACAUUUACAUAUAGAUCAUCAUCUACAUUAAAUAAUACACAAACACUUUCAACCUCUCAAAAUAUUGACGAAAUUUACUUGAGCGACAGUUGUGUAUCGCGUUUAAAAUUGAUUGGUGAAGGAGAUCAAUUGUUACGUAUUUAUGUUGAUGGUGGUGGUUGUUCUGGUUUUCAAUAUAAAUUUGAAUUUGUUGACAAAAUAAGUGAUCAAGAAGAAAAAGAUAAAAUAUUUGAACGUGAAGGUGUACGAGUCGUUAUUGAUAAAGAUUCUCUAGAACUGUUAAAAGGAUCAACAAUUGAUUAUCAAGACGAAUUGAUUAAGUCUAGUUUUCGAAUAGUUAAAAAUCCAAACGCUGAACAAGGUUGUUCGUGUGGUACAUCAUUUUCAAUUAAAUAG